AUGGCUGCCUCCAGCGAAGUCAACAUGAAGUCUGAAGAUGAUCUUAAUGUUUUGCAAGAAAUAACACGGGAAUUUCUGUUAAAAAAUGAUGUGCAACACAGAAAAGUUUCACUUGGUCGAAGAAUUCGUGAUUUGAAAGAUGGCGAUGUUGUUCUUCCACGAGGAUGUUGCCCAGAAGUUUCAGAACAGAUAAUAAAAGACCUAGAGACGGAAAUAAAAGAAAAAACAUCGGAGCGUCUUUUACCAAUCAAACGCUUAGCGAGUGAUAUAUAUAAUUCUGUUGUAUUUUACGCUGAUCGACCACGAUCAUUCUGUAAUGUGAUAAAAGAAACAUUAAUAAAGGGAGAUAACUAUGGUUUAUCUCAAAUCAAAUCUGACCAAAAGACUGUUGUUAUAAAGACUCUGUGUUGCCUUGACGACGAUGAUUAUGAACCAGAGACAAACCCUGAAUUGAUAAGAAAUAUUGUUUUACUCCAACAACUAGUGAAAUUAUUACAAGCUAGUGGGUAUCAAGUUAUAUCAAAUAUAUCUGAACCUCCUGAUUGCGUUAAAUCUCUUUAUCGUAUAUUUGACCUGGAUGUUACACAGAUCGAUACAAACUCUUGUUUAUCCAGACUCACUCACUGUGAAGAGACAUUGACUCAGUGUAAAUAUCGUGAAGAAAUUAAACAUAUAUUGAUAAAUCCUGAUAGGAGUCUGGAUGAUCGUGAUAAAAGACUACCUGUGAUAUUGAACGUUAGAAAUUUUAUCCAGGAUAAGAAAUUGCCCGUGGGGAAGUCCGGCUACGAUAAAAAUCUAUGUAUUGUUAAUGUGAUAACAGAAGAUGGUGGAUCUGUGGAAGUUAAGGAGGCGUGUUAUUUAUUACAGUGUUUAUCAGCCGUCAUGUCAAAUCAGCAGACGCUACACUGUCUCCAUCUUGUUUCACAACGACAAGCUUUUCUACGACAACAGAUAGAUUUAUUAUAUCAGAUAAUAUCAGACGUAACCAAUCAAACACAUUGUAUUAAACAGAGUCAUUUUAUAUAUGGUGAUGUAACGAGUAGAUCAUUGGGACCUGAUAAUCAAACAUUACAGCCUUCGUUAUCCAGUCAACAACUAUACAGCCUACGAUAUGAACAGAUGGUCGAAUCUACAAUGAUGAAGUACGGUGAGCAGGUGACCAGCGAUAGGUGGAAGGAUACAUUAAAAUCAUUAACAGUAGCUGGUUUACGCUUUGAAAUGUUGUCUACUACAGCCAGAAAUAUAGUUAAAUUAGAUUUACAAGAGAACAAAGAUGGCCAGGGAUUGGACAACAGAGCAGGAUCAUUUGUUAUGUAUAAUUGUGCCCGAUUGGCUACGUUAUUUAAACAUUAUAACGAUGGUGUUGAAAAAGGGUUUUAUCCCAGUCUGCCUGAUGUAGAUGAAGUGAAGUUUGAAUCAUUACGGGAGGAGGAGGAAUGGACUUUAUUAUAUAACUAUAUAUAUAUUUAUCCUGAAAUGGUGAAAUCAUGCGUAGAAAAUCUCGGACCAUCGUCAUCGGAUAUCAACGCUAAAAUACACACACAUAAGGUUGCUAAUUUCCUGAUAUCAUUGAGUCGUAGUUUAAGUUCCUACUAUAGUAGAAUUCAUAUACUAGGUGAUUGUCAGCCUCAUCUACUGGCUAUUAUGUUUCCUAGACUAUAUUUAAUGAAAGCAGCUCACCAAGUACUACAGAAUGGUCUGUUAUUGAUGGGAAUAACCCCUCCUACACAGUUAUAACAUACUGUACACUCCUACUCAGUUAUAACAGACAUUGUACAGAAUGGUCUGCUAUUGAUGGGAUUAACUCCACCUACACAGUUAUAACAGAUACUGUACACUCCUACACAGUUAUAACAGACAUUGUACAGAAUGGUCUGCUAUUGAUGGGAAUAACCCCUCCUACACAGUUAUAACAGAUACUGUACACUCCUACACAGUUAUAACAGACAUUGUACAGAAUGGUCUGCUAUUGAUGGGAAUAACCCCUCCUACACAGUUAUAACAUACUGUACACUCCUACACAGUUAUAACAGACAUUGUACAGAAUGGUCUGCUAUUGAUGGGAAUAACUCCACCUACACAGUUAUAACAGAUACUGUACACUCCUACACAGUUAUAACAGACAUUGUACAGAAUGGUCUGCUAUUGAUGGGAAUAACCCCACCUACACAGUUAUAACAGAUACUGUACAGUCCUACAUAAUUAUAAUAAACAGUGUAAUUUA